AUGUCGGGCGCCAGCCAAGGUCCUCGGCCUUACCCUGAGCUGUCCAUCGCUUCCGAGCGCCCUGUCCACGGCAUCGACAUCCGCUCCGUCCAAGAGAGGAGGCUGGAAGAGUUCCACGGCGGCCAGUAGUGAGUCGCUGCGCGGUCGAUGAAGGCUGCUGACACGUCUUGGAGAGUGAUUGAGACGAUGCGCUGACUGGCUCUCACACUGCCGCGCCGGGUACAGCUCUCGAUGGAAUCUGGCUUCAGUGCUCUUUGAGAGCAGCCGCGAUGAUGAGGGCGUCAUCAGGAUUUGGCGUUGGGAUCCCAAACCUGGCGACAAGCCAAGCUUCGAUGAGGCCAUCAAGCAGACUUUCAGGCCUUCUUCGACCCAUGAAAACUUCUCUCCAAGCUGGUCAAAUCACUGGCUUCGUCUGGAGAUCCAAGUGCCCAAGCAGUGGCAGAAGAAGGAAUGGGUCGAGCUGCAACUUGAUCCUGGGUGCGAAGCGAUGAUCUUUUCAUCGGAUGGCAUGUCUCUGCAAGGUAUCACGGGCUCUUAUGGUGCUGAUCGUAGAGUCGACUUUCCUCUCACGCCAGAGAUGAGAGAGGGAACACUGGAGCUCUACGUCGAAGUGACUUGCAACGGAAUGUUCGGUGUGCCCAACGGUCAAGAAGGCGACCCGGACCCAAAUCGAACGUUCAGCUUCGACUCUUGUGCCAUCGUAGUCAAGCGUCCACAAGCUUGGAAGCUGCUUUGGGACUUUGAGAUGUUGGAGGGAUGCGUCAAGAAUAUGCCAAAGGACGGGCCUCUGCAGAAUAAGGCGCUGUGGGCAGCCAAUAAGAUCCAGGACACUUUUAGGCGCGACGAUAUGAGCACCAUUGACGCUUGCAGGAAGAUUGCGCAAGAGGUGCUCGGCAAAGACUGGGAAGACCUCGAAGAAGGUCUGUACGAUGUCGGCAACAGGAAAGAUCGCGAGGACGUCGCACUUUGGGCCAUCGGUCACACGCACAUCGACACUGCAUGGCUCUGGUGAGCAAGAGGACAAAAGCCUUCAUGGGGCUACGUAAUCGCCUCUGACCAUGAUUCUUUCCCUCUCUAGGCCAUACUCCGCCACCCAGCAGAAAGUUGCGAGGUCUUGGAGCACCCAAAUCGCACUCAUGGAGCGCUAUCCGGAGUAUCGCUUUACUGCUUCCACAGCCCAGCAGUACAUCUGGCUAGAGGAGCGUGCGUGAUCGCGGCCAGCAACCAGCGAUGUUCGCUUGCAGCUGACAUCGUGUACUUGCUUCGCCAGUGUACCCAAAGCUUUUCGCGCGCCUCAUCAAAGCAACAAAGCGAGGCACGUUCCAGCCAAUUGGAGCUACCUGGGUGGAGUGUGACGGCAACGUGAGUCGCUGUAUCACCGGCUGCUGCACGUACCGGUCCAAGUCUCACGAAGAGCCACCUGCUUCAGUUGCCCUCCGGCGAAUCUUUUGCAAGGCAAUUUCUGUACGGUCAGCGCUACUUCGAAUCUCGCUUCGGCAAGCGAUGCAACGUGUUUUGGUUGCCUGAUUCCUUCGGAUACAAUGCGCAGUUGCCGCAGAUCGCGCGUUCAAGCGGAUGCGAUUACUUCUUCACUCAAAAGCUGAGCUGGUCAAAUGUCAACAGAUUCCCCCACAAUACAAUGAUGUGGGUCGGCUUGGAUGGCACGCAAAUCAUCACCCACUUGACGCCCGUCGUGAGUACACCAGUAGCAGCAUUCAGGAUGCAACCUGACGCUGACCAGGCUGCGAUAUGUCGCGCAGAAUAACUACGAUAGCAUGUGCGGCGUCGACGAUCUCGUUCGCGGGGUGAAGAACAACCAGAACCUGAAUGUGCAGCGUGAGUACACACGCCCUGCGCACGCAACCUCUCCUUUGCUGAUGGACGUGACCCCGCCGCCAUUCCAAGCCACUGCACUUCUGCUCUUUGGCUUCGGUGACGGAGGUGGUGGUCCUACAGCUCCUCAUCUCGAGCGUCUUCGCCGUGCGCGGGCCACCUGGAACAAUGGCCACACCGAAAUGCCCAAAGUAGGUGUCGGACGUUCAGUGCAGGACUUCUUCAAGAAUGUGCUCGACAUUACCGAAGGCGGCGAACGAUUGCCUCGUUGGGUUGGCGACGUGUACCUCGAGUUCCAUCGAGGCGUACAGACGAGUCACGGCAGCAUCAAGAAGCAUAAUCGGCAGCUCGAGUCUGCUGUGCAGCGUUUGGAGUGGCUCGCCACACACGCGACUCUUUUGAGUUUGCAGCACGCCUCCGUAACAGGGAAUUACAAGUAUCCGAAGGAUGAGAUUGAUAGCAUCUGGGAGCCUCUGCUGACGAAUCAGGUACGUAGUCGAGCGCACGCCGUUCUGCUUCACUUCCACGUUCCGGCUGAAUGAUUCCUUUCCUGUCUGCCUCUCAAAGUUCCACGACGUGCUGUGAGUCAAAGCUACUGCGCGCUGCAGGCAGGCUUUGUGCUGAAUGAUAUGAUCAUCGCUCCUACCAGGCCGGGAAGCUCUAUUCGAUUGGUUUAUGACGACGCGGAGCGAAUUUACGCUGACCUGCACAAGAGAGUAGCAAAGGCCACUGCGGAGGCCGAGAAGGUCCUCAAGGGUCUUUCCGCCCUAGAAGAUGGCACCGACUUCGCAAAGGGGUACAACACCCUUAGCAUCCCUCGCAAGCACCUUGCGAGAGUUGAUCCGAGCUGGGAAUCUGCUGAGCGCGACGGGACUAACAGUGAUGGCUCUGAGUAUGUGCUCUUGGAGGACAAGCAGGGGACCAACAUCGUGGAGGAGCGGACCGCGGUGGUUGCUGCACGUGAAGCUGUCUACGGUAAGGAACUUUGUCCGAAAAUGCGAUCGUAGGCUGCAGCUUCCUCUAAUCAGCCUUGAUUCUCCCACACGUGCAAUGCAGUCAUCCAAGACAACUCCAACUUCACUUUGCGGAAUGCGAACGUUUGCCUGACUGUCGCAAGUGGCUUCAUUACUAGCAUUCGCACUUUGCAGAAGCGUACUUGGGUCGAGCUUAUUCCACCAGGCAGGCGUGCUGGCCUGACAAUCGCCGAGGACUACCCGCCACAGUUUGACGCUUGGGAGACAGAGGGUGAGCCUGCGGACAGAUGCACGCGAUUGUUUUUAGACUGUCUGACACGCGUGGUCUUGACUUCCCUUGCAGUCUACUCUCUUAAUACCGCCGAAGACAUUCCCUUCCAUGAAGUGCGCAUCUCGGAGGUGGGGCCGUUCCGCGCCGCCUUACGCCUUCAGGCGCAGUGGGGCCGGAGCUCAGCUGUGGUCAAGAUCUCGCUUGACGCGAUCGGCACUUCUAUUGCAAGCUGCCAACACAGCACGAGCGGCCUGCACUUCCAAGUCGAGAUCGACUGGCAGGAGAAACAUCGGUUGUUGCGCUUCGAACUGCCCACCGUCCUUAAUGCAGACAAUGCUUCUUUCGAGACUCCCUUCGGUGUCACGAAGCGACCUACUACCCGCAACACGACGUGGGAGGCGGCCAAGUUCGAAGUUGCAAGCCACAAAUUCUUUGAUCUUAGCGAGUCUUCAUUUGGCGUGUCGAUCCUCAACGAUUGCAAGUACGGAGCCAGCGUCGAGGGAGGGCGUAUGCGACUUUCACUGCUCAAAGCGCCAACGUAUCCCGAUGCUCAUACGGAUGAAGGCAAGCACUCUCUAAACUUUGUCAUCCUGCCUCACUCCGGUCCGCUAUCGAUGCUGACGGUCAAUGCAGCUAGAGAGCUCAAUUCUCCGUUGACGCGAGCAGCAACGACGCGUCCCAGCAAGGCAUUCAGCUCGCCUUUCCGUUUGCAUCAAGAUGUCGAGUCCUCCAUCGUUCUCGACACGAUCAAGCGUGGAGAAGCUGACUUUGACUACCAUGGCAAGACCGGCUCGGGUACUAGUGUCAUUCUCCGUUUCUACGAAGCAUUGGGUGCGCAUGCUGAGGCGAGUCUGGAUAUCGUCGGACUGAACGUCCAAUCCGUUGUGCUAGCCAAUCUAUUGGAAGAUACGAUUGGCAAAGCCUCGGACUACCACGUUGAUCUCACGACCCCUGCAGAUGAGGGCUGGACCGAAGUUGAAACCGACUUCUCUCGUGAAGCUAAGACGCUGCAGUACCAGAGUGGUCCUGAUGGAGAGCACACCAGGGUCCGACUGCACCUCAGGCCCUUCCAGGUCAUUACACUCAAGGUUCAGCUGGCUGCCUAA